AUGGCUCGAUCAGGAUCACCCGCCAAAUCAAAGUCGACCGCCGUCAUCGUCGACGACUCGAAGAAGAGCGUCGACGCCGUCUCGACAAGCACAACAACCACAACAACCACCACUGUCACUGUUGUCGACGAAGAGACUGUCAUCGACGCCGCUUCUUCUUCUAAGGAAGAGUCUCUCAAGGAGGACUCCAACGAGGAGGGCAAGCGUGAACUCCCCAUUUUCAACAACCCCCUCCUGGCCGACGAAAAGUCAACUGCUGUGGCCCUGAAGCCCAAGGGAGGACGCGUCAAGGUCCAGCGGGGCAAGACGGCGACGAUUGCAGUGCUCAAGAUGAGUGCGCCCAAGGCCGAUGGCGAGGUUGUGGUGAUGCGUCGGAUGGAUUCCAACCUGGUUAAUGCUACGUUGAUGUUCCAGGCUGCCUUCCCUGCCGCGACUGAGCAAUGGAUCACCAAGGAGAACUCUUACCUCACCAAAACCUAUGUGCCUCUUGGCGCUGUUGUUGAGGACGCUGAGGGUGGUGCCUCCCUUGCUGGCGUUUGGGUCACAAUCUCGCAAGCCAAAGAGCUCGCCAAGGAGUACAGCAUUGAACAGUUCAUGUUGCCCUUGUUGAACGCCCCUGCCCGCAAGAACACUAUCAAGGCUGCCGCUUCUUCCCCAUCGCCAUCGCCAUCGACCGAGGUUGUUGCCAAGGAGGAGCAGCAGACUGUUGAGGAAACUGUUACCGCCGCUGUUGUUAUUGUCGAGAACGUCGCCGUCACCAGCAGCAAGGAGACUGUCGUUGUGGAGGGGACAACCGAGGUUGUCACUGAGGAGAAAAUUAUUGAGACCUUGGAGAUCAACGAGGUCAAGGAGGUCAAGGAGGUCGAGGUGACCGAGGUGACCGAGGAGAAGGUUGAAGUUCAAGAGAAGGAGGAAAAGAACGGCCAGGAGCAGGAACAGGAGCAAGAGCAGGAGCAGGAACAGGAGCGGUCUACCGGAUCGAAGCGCGGAAGAGAGGAGGAUGAGGAGCAGGCAGAAAAGGACAGAAAGCGCUUCAGAGGAUUCGUUACUGUCGCUGUUGGUCUUGCUGCCGUCGCCAUCACCAUUCCCCAGGUCCUCCCUUACUUUUCAUAG